AUGGCCGCCUCCACCAUGUCCGUCUGCUCCGACGCCUGCACCCACGCCUCCUGGCAGGUGGACGACUGCCCAGAGAGCUGCUGCGAGCCCUGCGGCGCCCCCAGCUGCUGCCAGCCCCGCGGCUGCGCCCCCGCCCCCUGCCUCACCUUCCUCUGCUCCCCAGCGGGCUGUGCGUCCAGCCCCUGCUGCCAGUCCGUCUGCGCCAGCUGCUGCACACCCUCCUGCUGCCGGCCUUCUAGCUGCCAGCCCUGCUGCUGUCCCUGCUCAGCCUGCCAGCCGUCCUGCUGUGGGCCCGUCUGCUGUAAGUCCAUGUACUGCAGGCCAGUGUGCUGUGAGCCCGUGUGCUGCAGACCCGUGUGCUGCAGACCCGUGUGCUGUGAGCCCGUGUGCUGCGGGGCUUCCUCCUGCUGCUGCCAGCCGUCCAGCUGCCAGCCCUGCUGCCGCCCCUGCCCGCCCUGCCCGCCGUCCUCCAGCGUGUCCCUGCUGUGCAGGCCCGUGUGCAGGCCCGCCUGCUGCGUGCCCACCUCCUCCUGCUGUGCCCCCUGCUGCCAGCCCGGCUGCUGCCGCCCGGCGGCCUCGUGCGUGUCCCUGCUGUGCCGCCCUGCCUGCUCCCGCCAGGCCUGCUGUGGCGGCUCCCCGGGCCAGUGCAGCUGCUGAGCUCUGGAGUGUCCUCUAAGUCCUGUCCUCACCACAG